ACCCAACAUCUUUCAUCAUCAUCAUCAUCAUCAAUAUCAGCACAUUCAAAAAGAGUUUCCACUAUUAUAUACGCAUACACUGAUCUAGUAUUCAUCAGGGUUGUGUUGUGUUUCAACAACAUUAAUUGAAGAAGACUUGGCGUUUACUGAUAGUUAUAACAGCUAUCAUGGGUUUGAAGAAGCGUGGCUUUGGUCAUAGAGCAUGGAACCUGCUGCGAGUGACAUUGCUGUGGGCACGUAAAGGUGGGGUGUUGAGACGGAGGGUAGCGAUGGAGCUGCGUCUUGUUCCAAAGUACUUGAAGCGUCUCGGGCACAGUAAUACGCCGCCCAGCCAUAUUCAUUACUUUGAGCGGGAGCUGUCCUUCGACAAGACCCCCAUUUUCCAUGUCAAGAUGUACCGUCCAACCUCUAUGCGCUUCCACUUGCCUCACAUUCCUUGUAUUAACCCACAAGUUGAUUUUGAAUAUGAUUUUAACGACGACGACGAUGAUGAUGUUGAAUAUGAUACUGUGAGAAAGAGUGCCCUCACGGCUGCAGGAGACCGUGACCAAGAAUUUUAUCAUGAUUAUGAAAGACGCCUGGAGGUGAUGUCUUGUGGUGAACAGGAGGAACAACAAGAAGCAGAUGCCCAAGGGAUAGAUAAGCGAGCCGAGGAGUUCAUAGCAAAAUUCUAUCACCAAAUGAAGCUGCAGCGCCAGAUUUCUCUUCUACAAUACAAUGAAACACCCAAUAGAGACACGACUUGUUGAGCAGUUUUACAAAACUACGUGCGGCUUACUUCAUUUUUCCUUCUUUUUCUGUUGAGAUUUGAUGCCACUGUCAAUGUUAAAACAUUUUAGUAAAAUAAAUGAGAGAGUACUUCGGGA